AGCCGAGGGGCAGGCUCGGCGAGGGGCGGAGGCUGAGACUCUGGUGCCGCCCGAAGAAGGCUGCGGCGGGUCACGACUUGGGGCGGCCAGCGAUGAAGCCGCCUAGCGUGAUUCAAACAAGUGAGUUUGACUCAUCAGAUGAAGAGCCUGUUGAAGAUGAACAAACUCCAAUUCAGAUAUCAUGGCUACCCCUGUCACGAGUGAAUUGUUCUCAGUUUCUUGGUUUAUGUGCUCUUCCAGGUUGUAAAUUUAAAGAUGUUAGAAGAAAUAUCCAAAAAGAUACAGAAGAACUAAAGAGCUGUGGUAUACAAGACGUAUUUGUUUUCUGCACCAGAGGGGAACUGUCAAAGUAUAGAGUUCCGAACCUUUUGGACCUCUACCAUCAGUAUGGAAUUAUCACUCAUCAUCAUCCAAUCCCAGAUGGAGGGGCUCCUGACAUAGCCAGCUGCUGUGAAAUAAUGGAGGAGCUUGAAAUCUGCCUUCAGAAUAAUCGAAAAACCUUAAUACACUGUUACGGAGGACUUGGGAGAUCUUGUCUUGUCUUCUCUGGUGUUCCAUUAGUAGCUGCUUGUCUCCUCCUGUAUCUAUCUGACACGGUAUCACCACAGCAGGCCAUCGACAGCCUGAGAGACCUGAGAGGGUCUGGAGCCAUACAGACCAUAAAGCAAUAUAAUUAUCUUCAUGAGUUCCGGGACAAAUUAGCUGCACAUCUAUCAUCAAGAGAGUCACUAUCAAGAUCUGUAUCUAGAUAAAAAAAAAAAAAUCAAAUAGCAUAUAUAUAUGACCAUGUCUGAAAUUUGAAUUCUGAAACAUAAUUUGUAUUGAAAUCAAACUACUAGCAUUAUCAAAUCAAAUGUAAAUGUAUAUGUGCAGAUAUUCCUAAAGCUUUUGACAA